AUGCAAGAUGGAAUCGAUAUCCCUGAUGAGCUGGCAGCAAUGAUAGGCAAAAAAAUACUGUUCAAGGUUCAGGUGAAGUCAAAUCAAAUAAAGAAUUUUGAUGGUUCUUUUUCAGUUUUCAAAACUUGCGAUGAUGCUGAAGCUAUUGGGAAGUAUGGAACUUUUCUUAUUGAAAGUCAGGAAUCAGAUUUGAUAUCCAAAAUGGUGCGGGCGGAAGUAGAAAAGGAGCUUGACUAC